UUCUGGUUCCAGCUCUCUUGCCGCUAACGCGAUGCGGGUCAAGUGUGUCUAGUGGGCUGUCCCACAGUCAAGAGGUAGCCAGUUCAAAGAUCUUGCACGGUGGUGGGAGUCUCGUUUCCUCUUUCCUCUGUUGAGGGAGAAACGUUUUGGUUUUUUUCAGGCUGUAACUACCGAACAGUUUGUUCGCACCGCAGAAGUUGGAGCUGCAGAACACCGCUGUACAUGGCUAUGGAGCUCGUCAUAGUAACAGCCGGCAACAUGUGCGCAUGGCAGAUGUGACCGCAGAGUUGUGACAGUGGUUUUGGGUUCACUCCGUUCGGAUACGCGAAGGCUCAAAGAAGAACGGUGAAAGAGAGCCAUGAGUAGAGUGGAGGAGGGGCCGGACCACAUGAUACCAUGACGACACGUCUGCAGGUCCUGUGCUGCCGACUGCUGAGUGUGCUAGUGAUCCUGGCGCUGCCGGCAGGACGGGUAUCUCAGGAGCUGCACCCCAGCGGGGCGCCUCGGGUCCCGCCCAACUCCACCAUGACCCUCUCCUCAGCACCCCCGGCCCGGCGGGAGUCCAGCUCUGCUAGCCAGCCUGCCACGCGUGGUCUCACCGGGACCCUCAGCGAAGCCCUGGACCCCCAGUCCGGCAGUCACCCUCCUCCUGCACGGGCAGUCCGCCCCCACCACCAGAGCGGUGCCCUGGAGUCCCCGUUCGGGACUGUACUCUUCGUGUCCAAGGAGGAAGAUUUCACGGACUCUGGAAUCCAUCCCUCCUCUUCCUCGCCCUCUUCCUCCAUCUCAAGCUCCUCCCCCGCUGCUUCGAAACAGGACGCAGAGCUCAGAGACUCCGCCCACCCCAUUACCGUUCGCGAGGCAGGCGCCUCGCCAUUGGACGGCGGGACCGCCACGCCCUCCUCCUCCCCAAUCUCCACCCCGACCUCCCGCUCGCUCAACGUCACUGCGGCAGGAAGUGACAUCACAGCACGGGGCACCACGGACGCACGGGCAGACGGCAACACGUCCUUCAGGGGCCCGGCGGACAGCGCCUCGGGCUCCAGCCUCGCGCCCGUCCCCACCCCCGGCAGCACAGUGUCCCGCUCCAGAGGGGACGAGCCCCCCCCGGGAGACGCACCCCCCACCCCCGCCGAGACCCCCGCCCUCCCCACGGGCGAGCUGCCCAACAGACUGUUCCCUGCAGCCAAUCAGACGGACUGGGCUGUGUGUGUGAGCAGGGUGGACAUCGUGUGGAUGGUGCUGGCCAUCAGCGUGCCUGUCGCCUCCUGCUCCGUCCUCCUCACGGUGUGCUGCAUGAGGAAGAGGAAGAGGAAGAAGGCCUCGGGCCAGGAGAGCAGCCUGAGCUACUGGAACGACGCCAUCACCAUGGACUACUUCACCCGGCACGCCGUGGAGCUGCCCCGCGAGAUCCAGCCCCUGGAGACCGCCGAGGAGCACGAGACCUUUCUGUCCCCCAAUGGAGACUACAUGGACAAUGGCAUGGUGCUGGUGAACCCCUUCUGCCAAGAGACCCUGUUCAUCAGCCGGGAAAAGGCCUACAAGACUUAGGAGGCUCCUGUUGCGAUUUCACCAGAAGAAGAAUGAAAGGGUCUACCCCUGUGGCUUUGCCUUUCGAUGCAGGUCAAUGACCUUUUGCAUAUGUGGGUGAACAUUCAAAGGGAUAGUUAAUUUUCUGGAGUUUUUGUUGAUAUUAUCUCAGUUUCACUGUAUGUUUUUCGACAGCCUGUUUCGAAUUUUGUGACCAAUGACGGAUAAGUGCUUCAAGUUUCUUUUGACCACUGGCUUCACAAAUCGACAAGUUUGUGGUGCAACACAAGAAAAAAAGCACUUCUGGCAAUUCCAAAGCAACUUGUAGAGUCAUGUAAUGCCUACAGAAAUAGGUAAUGUGUAUAUUACCUGAUUUGAAGAAAAUAAAUGUUCUCAUCUUUAUCUCCACAACCAUUUCUUAUGACACGUGAAAUCUGACCAUUGGGCUCAAAGACACAAGUGGCUUGGCUUCCAAUAUCAGCGUUAUCACGUUUGAGCAUUUCUUGUCGUCUGCUGCUCUUGUGUUCUGUCAGGUCCUGGUCGGGUUCUGAUUAAUCUCUCUGUUUGAAUAUUAGGGUUUAGGGUUGGCGUUAGGAUUGGGGUUAGAGGUGGGG